AUGCAACUCACCAACUACCUCCCCCUCCUCGCCCUCCUCACCCCAGCACUCAGUGCUCCCGCCCUCGUCUCCACGCGACCCACCCCCCUCCUACCCAUGUGCACCCAGCAACUCAACCCCCAAACAUGCACCCUCAACUGGAACACCAACACCAUGGCCGUCAACAACGACCUAUCCAACAUCAACAACCUAGUCGCCUACGCACGCGCAACCAUCUAUUCCAAUACCUGCGUCCUAAUCGGUGGUAUCACCAAUGAACUCGUGCAGAAUGUUUAUGUCGAUGCCGUCGGCUGGGAUCAAUCACUUGUUCUGCAGAAUGUGUUUGAUGAGACGAGGGGUUUUAAGGUUCCCAGGUGGGUUUUUGGUGGGAAGCAGUAUUCGGUUGAUGAUUGUGCUUGUUUUGAGGGGCCGUUGUUGGGGGAGCCCAAGGAUACGCAUGUUUGUCAGUGUCGAUUUCAAUGUGCUUAA